GCUCCAGUUGACAGUUGUCAAACGAGCUGUCACCGUGCUGUCAUGAACCAACCAGACCGCUGCCAAGUAUUCUACGUGAUUGUUGCCGCUUGUGGCUGCAGGAUUCCCUUUUUUUCGUUGAAGCAAUUUUUAGAGUGUAAAUAAGAUGGAGGUAUCACAAGAAUCAUCGACCACGGCCAAACCGGGUUCGGCCCGGGGUGUGCAGCGGGUAUUGGAUAAACUGCGCACCUCGGUCGAAUCGAAAAACUUCUACGAGGCACAUCAGAUGUACCGGACGCUGUACUUUCGCUACGUUGCCCAGAGAAAGUACGAUGACGUGCUGGCACUGCUGUACGACGGUGCGCUGACGAUGCUCGAGCACGAACAGUACAGCUCCGGUGCGGAUCUCGGUCUGCUGAUCAUACAGACGCUCGAUAAAGCGGGCGACGUGAUCGAAUGUCCGGAGCAGUGGAUCAAGCGGCUAACAGAGCUGAUCGGCAAAAUUAAACCUACCGUCGUCGAUCGGGAAACGCUGCUCGAAAAGGCAAUGAAAUGGAGCGGUUCGCUGGUGUCCUCCCCGACCGGUCAUCCCCAGAUGCACAAGCUGUACGCGCAGAUACUGUACCGGGAGGGUAAUCUGACGCAUGCCCGCCAACACUUUGCCCAGGCAAAGGACGGGACGAGCUGUGGCUUUCUGCUGAUCGAGAUCAGCCGCACGAAGGGUUUCGCCAGCGAGAUCGAUCUGUUCGUUGCGCAUACUGUGCUGCAGCAGCUGGCGAUGAAGGAACCGGUGACUGCGGCGGAUACGUUUACGACGUACUGCAAAUUUCACGCCGGCAUCGCCUGCACCGAUCCGCCGUUCGCCUUCCCGCUGCUGAACUUUCUCUACUUUCUGCUGCAGCUGGUCGAGCAGCACAAUCGCAAGUACGCCACGUUUAAGGCGCUGUGCGAGCUGUACAAACCGUCGCUCGAUCGGGACCCGUCGUACGGGAAGUAUCUGCAGCGGAUUGGCGUAAAGUUUUUCGACGGCGGACGGUACGAGCAACGGAACAUUAUCUUCAGUGAUUUGCUGCAGCAAUUUUUUAUCGACCUAGAGGAGGACGAACUGGACGAGGGUACGAGCGUGCACGGCGAGGUUGAUUAAUUGUGAUCGGGUGGAGGGAGUAGGGGGUGAAGAGGGGGGGUGUGGAAGUUUAAGUUAAUUAAUUUGCUUUGUUUUUCAAGAAGGGAGCAGGUAUGUAACGGCAUAAUCAGCGGAGUCAGAAAUAGGACAGAACAGACAGCUGUUUUGCAAUCGUACGUGUGUCGUCCACCGUACCGCCGGACGAGAAGGAGCUAAUAUAGGAUCGAUUAUAAUAGAAUCAAUUGAGAGGACGAACCAUUAUUCAGCACGUCCCGUUUCAGGUAUUGCAAUGAGGAUUUUGCGAGCUAUAUGUAUAGCUCCGAGCAAUACGAACGACUCGAAAGGAAGCUAUAGGAUAAUAUCAGUUUGAUCGAAAAACAACAAAAUUAGCUAUAUACGUAAAAAAAACUGCGUACUCUGGUAUCUACUAUGGAAUGGAAACUACAAAAUUCUAUCCUUUUGAUUGCACAUAAAAAACAUAUUAAAACAUACGUUUUAGGGCUGACGCAAUACAGGCGCACGGAACGAUAUAGCAAAACGGAAAACCAUUUUAAGCAAUGAACAACCACUCUCGUGACCAAUUCUACACAUUCUUCCCUAAAUGACUCAACAACAACAAAAAAACGAAAGUGUGUUGAAACCCCCCCAAAGGGGAAGUAGAUGGAAGGAUAUAUAGUAUUGUUUGUGAUAUAGCUAUUAUUUAUUUGCGACCGUUCCAAUGCCUGUACGAUCACAUAUAAAGCUGACACAUACAUACAUACACUCACAAAACACACUUUCGGAUCAAAUGAUUGCAAUAAAGUACGGUCGUGUAACGGUUUUGCUAAGGAA